AUGUAAUUUGCAAUCCUAAAUUUAAAACCCUCUAAUUUAUUUGAAGAUGAUGAUAAUGAAUGUGUCAUUACUGAUUUUUCUCCCUUUUCUAAUGAAAAUGCAGAAUUAUAUUUACCUCCUGAAUCUAUAGCAGCUUUACAAAAGAAUUAGAUUUAAAGAUUUGCAUCUGAUGAAACAAAUCAAUUGGAAGGAGAUCCAAUAAAACUUGAUAUUUGGUAAUUGGGUUUAACAUUUCUUUAGAUGGCUUCAUUACUAGAUAUUGAAGAAUUAGUAAUAUUAAGAGAUUCAAAAGUUUAAGUUUCUGUUAGAGCCAUUAAAAUAAAGUAAACUGUAAAAAAGUUAUAUGGAUAUCAUUUUUUGAGUCUGAUAGAAAGAAUGUAGAAAGAAAUCCUUCAAUGAGAUCACCAAUAAAUGAUUUAGAAUAUAUGAUCUAAGAUUUUUUAAGUGAUGAAAUAAUUAAUCAUGAUAAGAAUUUACUGCAACCUAAUCCAGAUUUGUUAUUAGAUGAAUUAAAAUUAAGAGUCACAGAGUAGAAAUCACAAACAGUAGUAUAAUAUUUGUCUAAAUAUCAAAUGUAAUCAGUUAGUUGGAAAUUAAAAACAACUAAUUUUUGGUAGGUAUUGGAUGAUAUUAAAAUAUCAAUAAGCUUCUAAGAAAAAGUAGCUUUAUUAUAACUUUAUGGUAUAGAAAAUAAUGAUAAAAUUGAUCUGUCUAAAUGGAUUUAAACACUAAAAGAAGUCAUUAAAUUAGGAAAAUUGAGUUAAGUAUAAAAUCAAGAAUUACUUGAAAUGCUGAAAGAAUUAAACUAAUAUUUAGCAGACAUUAAUAUUAAUUUAAUAGAAAUUUUAAAAGAAAAUGAUUAGGAAUAAUUAGGAUACUUACCUUUUGAUAAAUUUGAAAACAUUAUCACAUAAUAAGGAAUGUAUUUAAAUUUAGAAGAUAGUUCUCUUUUAAAAUUAAAGUAUGAUCCUCAAAAGAAGAACAUUAUUUAUUAUGAGCACUUUUGUAAUGAUAUUAAAUAAUCAAAUUAGUAAUAAUUAGGAUUGGAGGAAUUAAAAAAAGAAUAUGUAUAAAGAUACUAGAGAUAGAUACAAUAUAUCAAUCUCAUUUUUUUUAAAUUAUGAUAGUAAAUUAAAAGGAUAUCUUUAAUAUGAUGAUAUCUACAAAUUUUUAAAUGAAAAUGGAUAUCACCCUAAACCAGAAGUUUUUAAAAAAUUACUUUAUAAUUUGGAUUAACAAAAUAAAAAAAAGAUAACCUUUGAGAAUGUGAGAAUAUUCUUUGAAAUUAAUAUAAAUUAAGAUUUAAAAAAAAUCCUAACUCAACUUAUUAAUGGUUUGCAUAGUGUCUAGAUGACAUUACCCUAAUUAAUUAAAAGUAGUAUUAAUAGUAGCAGUGUCAUAUCCUAAUCAUAAUUUUAUAAUACUCUUAAGCAAACUAAUAAUCAUCUUCAAUAGACUGAUUUUUAGUUUUUGUUAAAUUAUUUUCGUGUCAAAGAUGAAAUAGAGUAUCCUCAUUUCAUUUAAGCAUUAGCAGUUAAGGCAAGGGAUUUGUAAAUUUGUAAUUGGAAAUAUUUAUAAUAAGUUGAUGGUAGAGUUAGUUUUUUAGAAAAAGAUGAUUUUGAUGAUUCAGAGUUAACAUUUUAAGAGUUAAUUAAUUUCAAUCCAAAAUCAUUUAAUUCUUAAAGAGAGUUUUUACAAUUUAUUACUAAAAAAUUUUAAGAAAGAGAUGAAAUUGCUAAUUCUUCUUUUAGGUGUAAUUAAGAAAUUGCUAAGAUUGUUCUUUCUAUAUCUUAAUAUAUGGAAAAAGAAACCUGUACUUUACUUGAUUUCUAUAGAUAGACUGAUAGGGAUAAGGAUUAUUGUAUUUCUAAUGAAGAAUUUACUGAACUGUUAUAAAGUACAAUUGGAUAUACUAGUACUUAGAAUAUAUAAAAAUAAUUAUUUGAGAUAUUUGAUAUGGAUAGUGAUGGUAAAAUUAACUUUACAGAAUUCGAGUAUUAAGUAUACAAACGGAAUUAAAUAACGGCUAAAUAAAUUGAAGAAAUGAAAUAUGUGAUGUUGAAUGGAAGAAAUCCUUACAUUGAACAACUGAGAUCCGCCAAGUACGAUAUUAGCAAGGUCAACUAUAUCCAAUUUUAUGGAAUGUCUUCUUAAUAUAAUUUAAAAUUUUUUGAUCAAAAUUAAAUCAAUAUGUAUUUUCAUUUAUAAUUUUUUUAAAAUUGA